UUGGUUCUUCUCUCUUCUCUCUCCCCCACCCCCCCUUUGUGAAGCUGUCUCUGCUGUACCACUGGAACCAUGCCGGAAGUCCCCAAAGCCACAUCCCCAGUCAUCGUUGAUGUUAGUCUUGCAGAAAAGAACAAGAAGGCACUUCAGUUCAUCGAAGAUGUCACCGCCAACGCCGAUCAAGUUCAGCAGCGGGUGCUCGUCGAGAUACUCUCUCGUAGCGCCCAUGUUGAGUACUUGCAGCGUCACGGCCUUAAUGGGCGUACCAAUUGCGAGUCCUUCAAGAAACUCUUACCCGUGGUUACUUAUGAGGAUCUCCAGUCUGACAUCAACCGUAUCGCCAAUGGUGAUACUUCCCCUAUCCUCUGCUCCCAACCCAUUUCCGAAUUCUUGACUAGCUCUGGAACAUCAGGUGGUGAGAGGAAACUGAUGCCAACAAUCGAAGAAGAGCUAGAGAGGAGAUCCUUGCUCUACAGUCUCCUUAUGCCGGUGAUGGACCAGUUCGUCCCUGGCUUGGAACAGGGCAAAGGAAUGUACUUCUUGUUCAUAAAAUCGGAGGCCAAGACACCCAGUGGUCUCGUGGCUCGUCCCGUGCUCACCAGCUACUACAAGAGCUUGCAUUUCAAGAACAGACCUUACGAUCCUUACACCAAUUACACCAGCCCAAAUGAAACCAUUCUCUGCCCCGAUUCUUACCAAAGCAUGUAUUCCCAACUACUCUGCGGCCUGUGUCAACACAAGGAGGUGCUGCGCGUGGGAGCUGUCUUCGCUUCUGGCUUCAUUCGAGCAAUCCGGUUCUUGGAGAAGCACUGGGUCCUCCUCUGCAACGACAUCCGAAGCGGAACCAUGAACCCAGAAAUCACUGAUCCAUCUGUGAGGGAAGCUGUCUCCAAGAUUCUCAAACCCAACCCCAAGUUGGCCGAUUUCAUCGAGGGUGAAUGCUGCAGAGACUCAUGGCAGGGGAUCAUCACUAGGCUAUGGCCCAACACCAAGUAUAUCGACGUUAUCGUUACUGGGACCAUGUCUCAGUACAUCCCCACCCUUGAUUACUACAGCAACGGCCUUCCACUCGUGUGUAGCAUGUACGCAUCCUCCGAGUGCUACUUCGGCCUCAAUCUCAGGCCUCUCUGCAAACCCAGUGAAGUCUCUUACACUCUCAUCCCCACCAUGGCCUACUUCGAGUUCCUGCCCAUCCACAGGAACAAUGGGGUCACCAAUUCCAUCUCCCUACCCAUGUCCCUCAACCACAAGGAGCAGCAGGAGUUGGUCGAUCUCGUCGACGUCAAGCUCGGCCAAGAAUACGAGCUCAUUGUCACCACUUAUGCCGGGCUAUACCGGUAUAGAGUUGGGGACGUGCUACGGGUGGCUGGAUUCAAGAACAAGGCACCCCAAUUCAAUUUCGUGUGCCGGAAAAACGUUGUUCUUAGCAUCGAUUCCGACAAGACUGACGAGGUGGAGUUGCAGAACGCGGUUAAGAAUGCUGUUAAUCAUCUGGUGCCGUUCGAUGCAACUCUGGCCGAGUACACAAGCUAUGCCGACACAUCCACCAUUCCAGGACAUUACGUUCUCUACUGGGAGCUUCGGCUUAGUGGAUCGACAUCAAUUCCACCUUCAGUCUUCGAGGACUGUUGCCUCACGGUGGAAGAGUCACUGAACAGCGUGUAUCGGCAGGGGCGAGUCUCAGACAAGUCAAUUGGACCUUUAGAGAUUAAGAUUGUGGAAGGGGGGACUUUCGAUAAGCUCAUGGAUUAUGCUCUUAGCAUGGGUGCUUCCAUUAACCAGUACAAGACACCCAGAUGUGUGAAAUUUGCACCCAUUGUGGAACUUCUCAACUCCAAGGUUCUCUUUAGUUACUUCAGUCCUAAGUGCCCAAAAUGGAUUCCAGGCCAUAAGCAAUGGUGCACGAAGAACUGAAAUGGAGUUUGUAUUUGAACAGAGAAGGAACAGAGCUAUCUCUGUGAAUCAUCUUGUAGGCUUAGAAUCAAGGAAUAUCCCUCUUAGAUUAAUUAA